AUGAAUAUCGACUCGUCGUUUAGAACAGUUAAUAUAAUUUUCGUUGCCGCAUUAAUCCUGGUGGUACCAUGUAGCGACACCAGCGACGAGCGAAUCGAACCGAACGAUUCGCUUAAUUUAGAUAGCAGUAUUCACGAUUUGCCAAACGGUGCAAACCACCCGAUUUUAGAGCCCAGUCUCGAGGAGAACCUCAUAGUUGCCAUUGAAUCCGACGUCACCGUCAAGGGCCCCGAAGCCUCGCAAACCGAUAAGUCUGAACCACCAAACAGCCUCGUUUUAAACGAGGCUUCCCUGUCGGAGAGCUCCAACCAACUCGCCGAUAUCCCCGUAAUAGUUUCUAGUCAAAACGAAGACGCGCUGCCGCAGGUGGAGUCGUCUCGAACGGUUGCGGAGCCCGAGCGUGUUCCAGACAUUCCAGUUAACUUAACCGCUGCGAACGAAACCGACAGCGAGUCCGAUACCCCGACGAAAGUCGACGAUGCUCAGAAGCGGGAUACGGAGAACAAGACUGAAGACAUCCCUUCGUUUUCGGAGUGGGCUCAAAAGCGAUUGGAGGAGGUCGAGAAAAGCGAACAGAUCAAUUCGUCCGCAAAAGGACAGAUUCCUAACGGUAAGGCUCAGAACGCGAAGCUCAGGUGGAAGAAUUACGCUUCGUUGGAUUGCGGGGCCAAAGUGGUGGCUGCCAAUCCCGAAGCGGUCAGUCCGGGAGCGAUUCUAUCGCCAUCUAGCGACGAAUACAAGCUGAACCCGUGCACGGCUCGUAUAUGGUUCGUGGUGGAAUUGUGCGAAGCCAUACAGGCCAAAAAAAUCGAAUUGGCCAACUACGAGCUAUUCUCCUCCUCGCCCAAGGAGUUUACUGUGUCUGUGAGCGAACGAUUUCCUACGAGGGAUUGGAGACAGAUAGGUAACUUCACGGCCGACGACGAACGGGACGUGCAAAGUUUCGAUUUGAACACCCAACAAUUCGGCAAGUACAUCAAAAUCGACGUCAAAUCGCACUACGGCUCCGAACACUACUGUCCCAUAUCGCUGUUCAAAGCCUACGGAGCGUCGGUGUUCGAAGUGCUCCAGAAGGAAGAGGCCGCUAACAACAACGUCAAUCGUCCCGAUGACGAUGACGACGACGACGAUGACGAUGAGAAUAUUACAUCGGAUUCGGACAAGAAGAACAUAUUCAGUUCGGCCACCGAUGCUGUGAUAUCCGUUGUGAAAAGGGCCGCUCAAAUAUUGGGUACCAAAAGCAACGAUUCCGUGAACAGUACCAAAAAUUCCACCGCUAGCACUUUGAUUAACACGUGCACCUCACCGAGGCACGCGAUCGGUUGCAUCGAAUGCACCGAAACCUUAUUCGGACAAAUAUACGAAUUGUUGAGUUGCAAAUCCGAUGAAAUCGAACGCAUCGCUAGCAUUCCGAUCGUUUCGAAAUCGUUGCGAUCAUCUACGAUAUGCGAAUCAUUCGGUUACCGUUUCGGCAACGUUUCGAGCGAAACCUGCAUCAUCAGCACCAUAGAGUGGUUCCUAACGCCGAAGUACCUCGGCGCUGUUUGCCACGAAAUCGCCAUUUUAGACGCCAAAAUAGUGGUGAACGUUAGCCAACAUUUCACCAACAUCACCGAGGAUUUAUCCAGCGAUAAAAUCGUGCAUUUGGACGUCGAAGACGCGAUAGUUACGAAAGUACCGGCGGUACUAGAGGGUAACGUAACGUUCGGUGAGGAUUCGACGGAGGAACCGGCUCGAAUCGAACCCACCAAAACGCUGGUACUCGACGAGAAUCUAACUCGGACUGAUGUAUUAGUGGAAUCUUCGGAAGGUGUAGUGGUACCGGUGGAAACGGAAUAUCGCGAUAUUAACACAAGUACUAUCGAAACUGUAACCGAAAGUAGUUUAUUAGUCGAUGAAGUAUCGGACGAGCAAUUGAACAACAUCAUGGUGGAUUUGAGCGCGGAAAAUUCCCCCAAAGCGGCCAAAGAAUCGAUUUUCCUGCGGCUCUUCAACCGAAUCAAAUCGCUCGAACGGAACAUGUCGUUGUCGGGCCAGUACCUGGAGGAGUUGAGCAAGCGCUACAAGCGACAGGUGGAGGAGAUGCGCGAGGAGAGCCAGAAGCGCGACGAAUCCAAUCAAUUGCUCGAAGAGCGCUUGGACAAAUUGACGAGGAUCAUCGAAGACAUGUCCGCCGAGCGGCGCACCUUCCUCUCGGUGAUCUAUUGUCUGUUGUGCUGCGGUUUGUGUUGCUUGGGGGUGUAUUUCUUCUGCGGUAGCCCCUCGGGGGCGCCGAUAGCUCGGAGUGGAUUGAAGGAUGUAGUGGAGGUGCAGCCGAGGAAGCGGAGGAGGAAGAAGGGGCACGGGCGGUCGGCGUCGCUGGGGAGCAUCAGGUUGGGCGGGGAUGUGAAGGAGCCCGAGGGGGCGGUGGAGGAGCCCGAGGGGGCGGUGGAGGAGCCGGUGGUGUUGGAGGAGGGCGAUAGAUUGAUGUUGGAGGAGGAGGUGGAGUUGUCGUCUAGUCAGGUCGAUGAGGUGGUCGAGUUGGGUGGGUUUCCGAGUAUUAUCGGUGAUAAAGGUGGCGCCAAAAAGGAUAAGAAGGGAUUUAAAAGGCUGUUAAAGAAAGUUUUUUGA